AUGGCAUUACUACUGAAAAAAGCUUGGCACGGAUACGUAUACUUAUUUGAGGAAGCAGUUGAUCAACAAACGAAAUCCUGGCCUUUAGUAACUAAGCCAUACCAAGGCAUAACUUUGCUUGCAUUAUAUCUCCUAUUUGUAUUAAAAUGGGGGCCACAAUGGAUGCAGAGUCGUCGGCCACUUAAUUUAGAUAAAGCUAUGAUCGUGUACAAUGCUUUCCAAGUAAUGGCAUGCCUAUACCUAUUUGUGGAAGCUCUAAGGCUGGGGUGGUUACGAGACUAUAAGUGGUUAUGUGAACCAGUUGAUUUUUCAAAUAGCGCAAAGGCUACGGAGAUUAAGAAAAUUAUCUACAUGUUCUUCAUGCUCAAGAUCAGUGAUCUUUUGGAUACCAUAUUCUUCGUAUUAAGAAAGAAGAACAAUCAAGUAUCAUUCCUCCACGUCUACCAUCACGCCGGAAUGGUCAUGAUUGGAUGGGGAACUAUUACCUAUUUGCCAGGUGGGCAUGGAACACUAGUCGGAGUAAUAAACUGCUUUGUCCACGUCGUGAUGUACAGCUAUUAUCUUCUAACGGUGGCAAUGCCGAGUAUCAGAAAUAUGAUCUGGAUAAAGAAAUUCGUUACCCAGAUACAAUUAGUGCAAUUCUUAUGGUGUGCCAUACAUUUUGCUCUAAUUGUGUUCAAAAGCGACUGCGAAUAUCCUCGAUGGUCCUCUGCUGUCAUCCUCCCACAAAAUCUGUUUAUGCUCGUACUUUUCUCUGAUUUUUACUACAAAACGUACAUCAAGAAACCAAAAAACAAUCCCUAUGGGAAAGUCCAAUCAAAUGGAGCUAAAAAUGGCAGUAUAUAUCAAGAUAAAAUAAAUGAUGAAAUAAGUAAAAUUAAUAAUGAAAAAGAUCGUGUAAAUGAAGUUCGAAAAAGGAUUAGUAAUAAUGAUAGCAAUUAUAACAAUAGUAAAUUUGAUGCCAAUGAUAAUGUUUGUAAAAAGGAUAAAAAUGAAAAUGCCUCUGCAAACGGUAAAACUAAAAGUAAUGGUCAUCACAAAUAA